AUGAACAAGUGUGAUCAUCCCUUUGACGAAGACAAGGGUUCUGCAGAACGGAUGUCAAACUCAGGGAGGGCAAUACCUAUUGAAACUCAAAUGUUGCUCUUGGAAGCAAGAGACGGAAUGGAUUCACAAUCAUCCAAGGAAAUUCAUUUUAAUGAACUUGAGCUUUGUGUUGAAAGUGGAAAAUGGAUGGCUGGUCUUGUCAGAGCACAGUGGUCAGUCGCAACCUUAAAUCUUAUGCCAGGAAUGUUAGAUUGCUUUGGUUGGUGCACUUGGGAUGCUUUUUAUCACUUUGUUAAUCCUCAGGGAAUCAGGGAUGGACUUAAGAGGUUAUCUGAAGUAGGCACACCAGCAAAAUUCUUGAUAACAGAUGAUGGAUGGCAAAUGAGUUUCAAAAGAUUCGAUGGAAGAUUAAUCAGCAUCAAAGAAAAUAAUAAAUUCCGAGCAGUAGGAGAUGUAACUGAAAAUGAGGUGCCGGUUAGUCUAAAGGACUUUGUUUCAGAAAUCAAGAGCAAUUUUGGUCUCAAGUAUGUCUACGUAUGGCAUGCCCUACUGGGUUACUGGGGAGGGUUAGAUCCAAAUGCAUCUGGAACCAAGAAGUAUGAUCCAAAACUUAGAUACCCAGUACAGUCACCAGGGAAUUUAGCAAAUACAAGGGAUUUAUCUAUUGAUGCCAUGGAGAAGUAUGGCAUUGGUAUCAUUGAUUCAGCUAAAAUUUCAGAGUUUUAUGAUGAUCUACACAAUCUCCACAAUGCAGCUGAGUUCCAUGCAGUAGCUAGAGCAGUUGGAGGCUGCGGAGUACAUUGUGACAAACCUGGCCAACAUGAUUUCAAAGUAUUGAAAAAGCUUGUACUUCCUGAUGGAUCAGUUCUCAGAUCCAGAUAUCCUGGAAGACCAUCGCGUGAUUGCUUAUUCAUUGAUCCAGUUACGAAUAAGAAGAGCCUUCUCAAGAUUUGGAACUUGAACAAAUGUGGGGGAGUUAUAGGCAUCUUUAAUUGCCAAGGAGCAGGUUCCUGGCCUGGUCUUGAAAGUAAUGCUGAGGAAGACAUUAUUUUUGAGCUAUCCGAUUUCAAUUUACAAUCAAACAAUCCAGUUUGCACCAAUAGGACUAACAAUAUGUAUAACUCUGGUGGAGCUGUUGAAGCAGUUGACUCCAGUGAUUCUUCUGGAUCUAAAAUACAUGUAAGGGGUAGAGGAGGAGGUGGCUUUGGAGCUUACUCCAACUUAAAACCAAAGUCUUCAUUUGUAAAUUCUGAAGAUUUGGAGUUCAAAUUUAGAGAGGAAGAUAAUUUUUUUGGAGUAACAAUUUCAUGGGACAUCACCAUCUGCAACUGA